GAGUGGAAGUGGAAAGGGCCGGUGAGGGGGAGAAAAGGGUCUUUUGUGUUUUUAAAGAAAGAUGUUGAGGUUCCAGAGUGACGACCGUCCAUUCAAGCAGAGGAAAAGUUUAGCCUCUCGGAUGCAGGAAACAACUGAUAUCAGGACAAAGUAUCCAAGCAAGAUUCCGGUGGUGCUUGAGCGUUACCAGAAGGAGAAGACACUCCCUCAGUUGAGCCGGGUCAAAUUCCUGGUUUCAGGGGAUCUAUCUAUGUCUCAGUUUGUCUACAGUCUGAGGGCCCGCCUGUCCCUGACAGCCACUCAAGCCUUCUACCUGCUGGUGGACAACAAGAGCCUGCCCUGCCUGAGCCUGACUGUUGCGGAGGUCUACGAAGCCAACAAAGAUGACGACGGCUUCCUCUACAUUACCUACGCAUCUCAAGAUACGUUUGGUGAUAUUGGCCCAUGAGCCCAUUCCAAGGAAGGCCUCUGCAGUCUCCCCCUCCUCCCUUUCUCUCUGAGGCAUAGUUAUCACAACAUGGAUUUUUAAACUGCUUUUGUGUAAGAGUGGCAUGGGAGAAGAGUAUUCACCACCAGGCAGGCUCUGCUUUAUUGUCAUUGUCCCUGAAGCAACUGAACUACCUUCUAUGUUGUAUGUGCCUGAAAAGACGCCCAGAUGACAGGGUGUAUUUUAGGGUCAAGUACUUUCUUAACCAACUCUGCAGGGCCACUACUUUAACCCACUGCCAGCUUAUUCUUUUAAACUAAUUUGUUCCCUUAUCUCUUCAGACGGAUAUAGACAUAGAUAUAAAAAAGAGCAUCACUACCAUUGCACAGGAAACUUUUGUCUGGUUUUCUUUCUUAUUUUAAACAAAGCUGAUUGGCCUAAUGGGAAUCUGGAGGGUUCCACGAGUGGAAAUUUUAACUGCACAGCUGUUUUUGUUACUUCAUCUCUUUCUUCCCCUUUUUAAAAAAAGCCUUCUGACAAGACUGCAAUAAAGAAAUAAA